AUGGCAUUUGCGUUUUGCAAACAACAAAAUGACUUCCGGUUUCCGUUGGAAUUGCAUCGCAUCACAUCGCAUCCCAUCGCAUCGCAUCGCAACACAGCAAACUGCACUGUUGGCAAUACAACAUAUGCACAUGGACAGACAUUCAAAUUGGAUUGCAAAACACAAUGUGUCUGCGAGAAUGGCCGUCAUGCUUGCUCAUCGUUGUGUCCGAAAGAACAGCUUCCGGCACCGGAGGAUACAAUUUCAUGCAGAUCACCUCGAAUGGUUGAGGUACCAGGCCAUUGCUGUAAAAUGUGGCUGUGUGAGAAUCCGACAGCUGAUGUCUAUGCCACCUGCCACAAUUCCUCAACCAGCCCAUGGACGCCAUGUUCACAAAACUGCGGCAUGGGCGUAUCAACGCGUUUCACAAGCACCACAGCAGGCUGUAAUCAAUUAAGCAAUCUGCGACUUUGUGAAAAUCGCAAAUGUGAUCUCGACAAUAAAAACAAUUUAAUAGCAUUAAACAAACAAUUAAGUAGCAGUAGUGAGUCUAAAUAUAUAAGUAGCAGUCAACAUAAGAAUAUUAAGGAUAAUUAUCAAAUAGCAGCACAGCUAUUGCACGAACAGGAGCACCGAAUCCGGAAAGGGCACGAAUGUCGGAGUAUACAGCGCUUGGGACCAGCACGUAUACGCUUGGGUUCAUGUGUUUCAAGGAAAUUAUAUCGUCCCAAACUAUGUGGACGUUGUCAUCAUACAAGCAAAUGCUGUGUGCCUUCAGUUUCAACAACAAUCCAAGUUGAGCUGUUAUGUCCUUUAAAUGCCGGUGAUCCAAUUAAUUUUGCCGAGCAACAAUUACAACAGCAAGGCAAUGCUGCAGAGCUAUGGGAUACACAGUCUUUGGAGCCAAUCGAUCAAGAAUAUCUGCAAUCGCAUCAAAUGCAAAUUGAAAAUAAAUUCAUUGCAAUCGAAUGGAUAUUGAAAUGUGAAUGCAGUAAAAAAAAUAAUUGCAACAACCCACAACAACUUAACAACAACAAUUAUAAUGAUAAAUUCAAAACUGAUGACUACAACCAAAAUAACAAUAGUAGCAACAAUAUAAAUAAUAAUGACGACAGUAACAACAUUAAUAACGCGAAAAAUCGUUAUGACUAUUCAGCUGCAUCUGGUGAAUACCAACCAGACAUAAUACCGUAUCCGGAAAGCAGACAAAGCAACAAAAAUAACAGAAUUGUUUAUCACAGUGGCAGCAGGACAACCACAAAACUACACCAAGUUCAGCAUGAACAUGAACAUGAACAACAACAGAAACAAACACAAAAACAAAAACAAAAACAGGAACACGGAUACCAAACUGUAUACAUGCGCCCAUCUCACAAGCAACAGCACGUUCAACAACUGCAACGCACAUAACAGAAGAAAAAACGCGCUUAUCGGCAACACUGGCCAACAACUGAAAUACAACCAAGAGCAGAACAUGGCAUCAAGGGCGUUACAAGCCAAAAAAAAAUGUAUGAAAAUUCUAUAAGAAAAUAAAUCCGAAAAAUAAAACAAAAAAAAAUAAAAUUAUUGGAUCAAGCAUAGGAAACGUAAACGAGAGCGAAUUGGUGACUUUAUGCGUGUGUAUGUAUGCGAAGUAAACGACUUUAAUGAAUAAAUAUUUGAAAAGUAGUAGAAUGGCAGCGUUGUCAGCUAUUUUCGGAGCGGUUAAGUAAAAGCAAGGAUUGCGAUUCAACAACCGAUUCAACUGAAUGAAGCAUAUCCGCUGGCAAUGAGCGCGUCACUUAGUGACAAUAAAAAGUAUGGCGCAGCUGCUGUGGUUUGUGAAGGAAAUAAAUAAUUUGAACGAUUCAUUUCGUGAAAAUAAUUUGACAACAGAAAAUCUAUAAAUUUUUAU